AUGGCUCUGUUUCUUCAAACGCAUUACCCUCUACGCUCACUGCGUAACCCUUAUCACUUCCCAAACCCUUAUAAUCCCUUUCUCAUACUCCCCGCCACUUCCACCAAAUCCCUUUUGCCAUACCAUGCCGCAAUUUCAUUAUCCGCUCGCCGCACUCCUUCACGCCGUUCGCCGCCCUCGCCCACUGCCUCCGCUUCCCACCGCCACCCACCUCCACAAACGCCACCUCUCAAGGCUUUUGCGGGCCUCGCCGCCUCCGCCGUGCUGUUUCUCUGCCUCGGCGUUCGCCUGUGCUUGGCAUCUUCUCCGCCGCUGCCGUCUCUACCCGCCGGUCCUCCUGCAGUUCAGGAGGAGCAAACUGUUCAAGGUUUCUUAGAAGCCGAGCCUCUCUACUCUCUCAUAUGUUAUUAUGAUCAUGAUGGAAGAAAACAAGAAGGCAGAGAAACUGUAGUAGAUAAAGAAUUAGAAGAAGCUUUUAAUGCCUGGAAAUCUAAAACAUUUGCAUUGACUGUUCCCCUGAAAGUUGUUGCUCUACGUGGUUCUAUACCUCCUUCAUGGAUCAAGGACUUCAUAAAUUCUCAAGGGAGGAGAAUGAAGUUUAACGUGAAGUAUUAUGCAAGUCUUGAGAGCAUCUUUUCUGAUCUAUCAAUUCCCUUUACUAAAGGAAAAAUUAACCCAGGAUCUGCUUUGGCAGCAGAUAUUGUUGGUAUUGGUGAUUCAUGGCUCAAACUUGCUAUUAACAAAGCUAUAAUUGAGCCAAUACGAGAUGUAGAAGAUCAGGAGUGGUUUAAAAGCUUAAAUGACAAAUGGAAGGUAUACCUACGCAGGAACUCUGAGGGAGAAAUAGAUCCUAAAGGUGAUAUAUGGGCUGCUCCAUAUCGAUGGGGCUGCAUGGUAAUAGCAUACAAGACAAACAAAUUUCAAGAGCAUAAGUUGGAUCCUGUAGAGGAUUGGGCAGAUCUUUGGCGGCCUGAUCUUGCCGGGAGGAUUUCGAUGGUUGAUUCUCCUAGAGAAGUUGUUGGUGCAGUUUUGAAGUAUAUGGGUACUUCCUAUAAUACAAAUAACAUCAAUGCUGAAGUUAACGGUGGGAGAGAUGCUGUUAAACAUAAUUUGACUUUGCUUGCAAAACAGGUUCGACUGUUUGAUAGUUCAAACUAUUUAAAAGCUUUUGGAGUUGGAGACGUGUGGGUAGCUGUUGGAUGGAGUAGUGAUAUUAUUCCUGCUGCUAAACGCCUGUCUAAUGUUGCUGUUGUUGUUCCAAAGUCUGGAGCGAGCUUAUGGGCAGAUCUUUGGGCAGUUCCGGCUGCUUCUAGAAUUGCAACAAAUCAGAUUGGCGGACGUAUUAGGGGACCGUCACCAUUAAUCCAUCAGUGGAUAGAGUUUUGUCUGCAAUCUGCAAGAGCACUGCCCUUUAAGCAAGAGGUGAUCCCAGGUGCCUCUCCCUCACAUAUUCAAGGUCAUUCAGCCAAUGUGCCCAUCGAGUUAACCAAUGGUAGGCCGAAGCUAAAGGGUAACCUGGUUGAUGGAGCACCUCCACCAGACAUCUUAGAAAGAUGUGAGUUUCUAGAGCCACUAUCUAAUUCAACACUCUCAGAUUACCAUUGGUUGAUUACAUCUAUCCAGGAACCUGGCCAUGGAUUGAUACAUAAAAUGUAUCAGAAUAUCAUAUCAGUGGCUAAAUUUUCUGAGUGGUCUAAUUCAAAGCUUACUUGA